AUGGCCACCAAGAAAACAGAGCCAGUCACCAUCAUUAGUCUUAGAAAGUUGAGUUUGGAGACCCCAGAGCCACAGCCUAAAGAAACAAAGACAUUCACCGUGGAAGAUGCUGUGGAAACCAUUGGAUUUGGGCGCUUCCAUAUUGCCCUGUUUCUGAUCAUGGGCAGCACAGGGGUGGCUGAGGCCAUGGAGAUCAUGCUGAUAGCGGUGGUGUCCCCGGUCAUCCGCUGUGAGUGGCAGCUGGAGAACUGGCAGGUGGCACUCGUGACCACAAUGGUGUUUUUCGGCUACAUGGUGUGCAGCAUCUUCUUUGGCGUCCUCGCUGACAAAUAUGGCCGCUGGAAGAUUUUGUUCCUCUCAUUUGUGUGGGGUGCCUACUUCUCCUUGCUGACAUCCUUCUCGCCCUCCUACACUUGGUUUGUCUUCUUGCGGGCCAUGGUGGGCUGUGGUGUAUCUGGACACGCACAAGGGCUCAUCAUAAAGACUGAAUUCUUGCCGACAAAAUACCGAGGCUAUAUGCUCCCUUUGUCUCAGGUUUUCUGGCUUGCUGGUUCCCUGCUCAUCAUUGGUAUGGCUUCAGUGAUUAUCCCCACCAUCGGCUGGCGCUGGCUCAUCCGAAUUGCCUCUAUUCCUGGCAUCAUUCUCAUCAUGGCCUUCAAGUUUAUUCCCGAGUCUGCCAGGUUCAACGUCUCCACUGGGAACACACAGGCUGCCCUGUCCACGCUGCAGAGCAUUGCCAAGAUGAAUCGCUCGGUCAUGCCAGAGGGGAAGCUGGUGGAGCCUGUUCUGGACAAGAGAGGAAGAUUCAAGGACCUCUUGGAUGCAAAAUAUUUAAGAACAACAUUGCAAAUCUGGGUCAUUUGGCUGGGAAUCUCCUUUUCCUACUAUGGAGUCAUCCUGGCUAGCGCUGAGCUGCUGGAGCGGGACCUGGUAUGUGGUUCGAGGAGCGAGUCUGAGACGGAGUCGAAGCCAGUAGUGACAGCCGUAGGGGACUCAGAGGAGACCAGGAGCCCCUGCUACUGCCACAUGUUCGCCCCUUCCGACUACCGUACCAUGAUCAUCAGCACCGUCGGAGAAAUCGCACUGAACCCCUUAAAUAUCCUGGGCAUUAACUUUCUGGGGAGACGGCUGAGUCUUUCCAUCACCAUGGGAUGCACAGCUUUGUUCUUCCUCCUUCUCAAUAUUUGUACUUCAAGUGCUGGCCUCAUUGGCUUCCUCUUCAUGCUACGAGCACUGGUGGCCGCCAACUUCAACACCAUCUACAUCUACACUGCAGAGGUCUACCCCACGACAAUGCGUGCUCUGGGGAUGGGAACCAGCGGCUCCCUGUGUCGAAUUGGUGCGAUGGUGGCGCCAUUUAUAUCCCAGGUGCUUAUGAAUGCGUCCAUCCUGGGAGCCCUGUGUCUUUUUGCAUCAGUCUGUGUUGUAUGUGCCAUUUCUGCUUUUACACUACCCAUUGAGACCAAAGGACGUGCCCUACAGCCUCUAAAGCAUCAGGCAGCCAUUCUGGACUACCUUCUCAGCUCUCCUGUGGCCUGCUCCUUGGUCCUCCCUGUCCAUUGUUCCCUGGGGGCACUUCUUCAGAGGUAUGCACUUUGCAUACCUUUAGAUGUUCUCUCAACCACAAUGGAUAGUCUGCCUCAGCAGGCUUUUGAACCUGAAGGAGACACAGGAAACUCCCAGACUUGA